AUGGUAUCCGCAGUUUUCAACAACUCAACUAUCGCUGAGUUGGUCCAAGCAGAAUCUUUCACUGAAACCCUACAUAAUGUUAUGAAAUAUCAACCACAAUUGAAUAUCAUGGAACAAUACUGGGCAUCUUGGUACUCUUACAUGAACAACGAUGUCUUAGCUACCGGCUUAAUGUUCUUCCUUUUACACGAAAUCACGUAUUUUGCUCGUUGUUUACCAUGGUUCAUCAUCGAUCAAAUACCUUAUUUCAGACGUUGGAAGAUCCAACCAACUAAAAUUCCAUCUACUAAAGAACAAUUAUAUUGUUUGAAAUCUGUCCUUUUAUCACAUUUCCUUGUCGAAGCUAUCCCAAUCUGGACUUUCCACCCAAUGUGUGAAAAAUUAGGUAUCUCCGUCGAAGUUCCAUUCCCACACUGGAAGACUAUGUGUUUUGAAAUCGCCUUAUUCUUCGUCUUGGAAGACAUGUGGCAUUACUGGGCUCACAGAUUAUUCCACUACGGUUUCUUCUACAAGUACAUCCACAAACAACACCACAGAUACGCUGCCCCAUUCGGUUUGUCUGCUGAAUAUGCUCAUCCUGUAGAAACUAUGUCCUUAGGUUUCGGUACCGUCGGUAUGCCAAUCUUAUACGUUUUAUACACUGGUAACUUACAUCUUUUCACCUUAUGUAUCUGGGUUGUAUUAAGAUUGUUCCAGGCUGUCGAUUCUCACUCCGGUUACGAUUUCCCAUGGUCCUUAAACAAAUUCUUGCCAUUCUGGGCCGGUGCUGAACACCAUGACUUACACCACCACUACUUCAUUGGUAACUACGCUUCUAGUUUCAGAUGGUGGGAUUACUGUCUUGACACUGAAGCUGGUCCAGAAGCUAAAUUGGCCCGUGAAGAAAAGAUGAAGUUAAAGGCUAACAAGAAUGCAAAGAAGAGAGUUUAA